CUGGAUAACAGAUCCCAUAGUUGUAUAUCUAUGUAUACAUGCACACACACACACAUAUUGGGAUUACUAAAGUGUUUCUUUUUGUCUCUACAGAGAGAAUAUUUUGAGAUUAAACCGAACAAAACUACAAUCAGAGAACAAAAAAACUACAAUCAGAGAAAAACAAAACUACAAUCAGAAAACAACAAAGCAAUAAAACAACAAUCAGAGAACAACAAAAAAACGAUCAGAGAACAACAAAACAAGAUCGGAAAACUACAAAAGAGCAAAAUGUGGAAAUCAAUCUGUAAAUGCUUUUGCUUUCGAAAGAAAAAAAGAGUUAAGACCAACAAAGAAUCUGUAGUGGUGGAAGCCAUUGAGGAACCCCACACAGUCAUCUGCUUGGUACAACCUGCAGAAUCUGGCAAUACCAUCUGCCAAGAGGAAAAACCAGAACAGCAACUGGAGCUGGACACGACCAACUGCCAGCUGGAGAUUCCAGAAACCCCUGAUGUUAAGAUCAGUCAGGAGGAAGAACAAGAAGAUCAGGAGAAAGCUGAUAGCAGCCCCUGUCAGGAGAUACCAGAGGAAUCAGGCUCUAACACCUGCGAGCCUGAAACUUCCAACAGCUCCGAAGAGCAAGUAGAAACCCUGGAACAACAGGAGAUAAAACCAGAAGAAAAAUUGGAGGAAAAACCAGUGGAGGAACCAGUGGAAAAACAAGAGGAAAAACCACUGGAAAAACCAGAGGAAAAACCAGUGGAAAAACUACUGGAAAAAACAGAGGAAAAACCACUGGAAAAACUGGAGGAAAAACCACUGGAAAAACUGGAAGAAAAACCAGUGGAAAAACCAGUGGAAAAACCGGAGGAAAAACCACUGGAAAAAACAGAGGAAAAACUGGAGGAAAAACUGGAGGAAAAACCGCUGGAAACACCAGUGGAAAAACCAGUGGAAAAAACAGAGGAAAAACUGGAUGAAAAACUGGAGGAAAAACUGGAGGAAAAACUGGAGGAAAAACCGCUGGAAACACCAGUGGAAAAACCAGUGGAAAAACCAGUGCAAAAACCAGUGGAAAAACUGGAGUUAGCCACUACCAACUGCCAGAACCCCAGGAGAUAUCUGCAGCUCUUAGAGCCGGGUUGUGAGGACAACUAUGGGAUGAACUAUAAUGGAUGGCACCGUAAAGAGCAAAAAGAAGUGGCCAUUACCAUCGUUAAGGAUAUUGAGGUAACAUGUCUUGAUACGAUUACUAGAAUCAGAUACUAA